AUGUCGAAUCUAGACGACUUCAUCGCCAAACAAAGCCAGUACAUGGGCUCCAUCAAAAGGGCACUGGCAAAUUUUAAAAAGCUAGGUCAAGCCAAAAUGACCGUAGCCGUUACUCGCCAACGCCUGAGCAACCUUAAGGAAAGUUACGCCAAAUGUCAGGAGCUGGAUGCAGACAUUCUUGCACGAGCUGACCCUAAGGUGCAGAGCCUCCACCCGUACUUCACCGAAGGACGUUUCCUCCAGUGUGAAGAAGCCUUCAACGAAGCCGCGGACUUCAUGGCCGAGAUAAUCUCCAAUGCCGAGCAGCCUUCAACCAACCCUUCCGCUGCAGCUGCAUCCGACAACCAGGAAAGGAACUCAUCCCGAUUGCCGAAAUUACGCCUACCCAAUUUCGAGGGCAGCCUCGACAAAUGGGAGACCUUUCGAGAUAAGUUUACCUCUCUAAUCAUAAAUGAUUCUUCGUUAACAAAUGUUGACCGCAUGCAUUAUCUAUCGUCUUGUGUAACGGGCGACGCCAGCAACGCGCUGACGCACCUCGCGGUAACCGAUGCUAAUUUUCCGGUCGCAUGGAAAAUCCUUACUUCGCGUUACGAAAAUAAGCACCGUUUAAUUUCGUUUCAUCUUCAUGCGCUACAUAAUUUGCCUGCCGUUAUUUCCGAAACAUUUACGAACCUCCGCGAUCUCAGCGACAAGGUCAAUGGUUCUGUUCAAGCGCUUUUAAAUCUUGGCCGCCCGGUAAAGGAAUGGGACGACGUGCUAGUUUAUCUCGUAACUCAAAAACUUGAUCCCACCACAAGAAAAGCUUGGGAAAUUCAGCUUGGUGAUAGUUUAGAGUACCCGUCGUUUGAACAGCUUAACCGUUUUCUUAAAACUCGUAUUCGUGCAUUAGAAUCAUUACCUCAAGCACCUAUCUUAAAGGGUAAACUCAUCUCAAAUUUAAGUUUUAAAUCCGAACGCGCCAAAGGCGGUCCGUCUCAUUCCGUGACACAAGAAAAUUCACGAGGUCUUCCGUCGCAUACAGCAACCGUUUCGUCCGCGUGUCCAGUUUGUCGUGCAAAUCACCUUAUUUACCAGUGCGAUCAAUUUCAAAAUCAAACACCGUCGGAAAGGUAUACGACCAUAAAAAAUUUCAAACGGUGCGUCAAUUGUUUCAGGGCUAAACACCACGUCAAGGACUGUACAAGCACUCGAUCAUGUAAACAGUGUAACAAAAAACACCAUACGUUGUUACAUUUCACCGACUCCGCGCGUUCGAACCCUAACGACUCCGCUACGUCAUCAAAGACAAAUAAUAUUGUUACCGACGCGAAUACCGCGACUCACUUGGUGUCUAAUGAAGACAGUGAUCUUACCGACGCACAACCCGCGAACCACGUAACUUCGAAAUUGACAUCAGUCGUUCAUCCCGUCUUACUCGCAACCGCGCGCGUCCGAAUAUACUCUCCUACCGGUCAAUUUAUACGCGCUCGCGCUUUAUUGGAUCAGGGCUCCGCUAUCACUAUUAUUACCGAAAAUUUAGUGCAAAUAUUGCGAUUGACAAAAAUGCGUCGUGCUAUCCGUAUAGCUGGAGUAGGGGAAACCGGCAUGAACGCGCAUCAUUCUGUUCACGUCACGUUCUCUCACGCUGAGGCUUCUCAACCGGUGUUCUCCACCACCGCGAUCGUUCUGAAAUUGCUCACAAAUUACUCUCCGCAACGAAUAGAUUCAUCCGGUCACUGGGCCCAUAUUGCGCAUUUGAAUCUAGCCGAUAACGAUCCUAUGAGCUCCGAUCCGAUCGAUGUAUUAAUUGGCGCGGAUCUUUAUGGAUCCUUAGUUCUUGAAGGCGUGCGUAAAGGGUACGCCAAUCAGCCUAUCGCUCAGAAAACGAGUCUGGGUUGGAUUUUGUCCGGUCCUGUCUUACAGUUCGUCCAACCGUCAUCCGUUCCAACCCAACAUGUCAUCGCAGAGGACACACUAAACGACGAUCUUCGGCGUUUUUGGGAAGUCGAAGAACUUCCCUCUUCGCCCUGUUCUACUCCAGAGGAGAAUCAGUGUGAGGCGCAUUUCACGGCUACUCACUACCGCGCUCCAAGCGGACGUUACGUCGUCCGUCUUCCCUUUAACAGCGAUCCUUUGACAGAACUUGGAGAUUCUCGCUCAUCCGCACUCUCUCGCUUCACUAGUCUCGAACGCCGACUGUCUCGCGAUCCUAAUCAGUAUGCCUCCUACCGCGAUUUCAUGACAGAAUAUUUGCAUCUCCAUCAUAUGGAGCCAAUUAACCGGAGUAACAUCAUGUCCACCCCUCGAUAUUACAUUCCUCAUCACGCCGUCUACAAAGCCGACAGCAACACUACUCCGCUCCGCGUUGUUUUCAAUGCCUCCAGUCGCACUUCUACUGGAAAAUCACUAAACGAUUGUUUAAUGAUCGGGCCGAAAUUGCAAAACGAUCUUCCAUCCAUUUUGCUUCGCUGGCGCCAUUUUCGGUACGUAUACAUAGCGGACAGUGCCAAAAUGUAUCGGCAAAUUCUGAUCGAUCCUCGUGACAGAGAUUUUCAAACCAUAUUGUGGCGCGAUACUCCCACCGAUCCCAUCUCAGAAUAUCAAUUGUGCACUGUGACUUACGGAACAGCGCCAGCCGCUUAUCUUGCCCAACGCGUUCUCAAGCAACUCGGCGAGGACGAAGGCUCCUCGUAUCCUUUGGCUGUUUCAGUCCUGAAUCGACAAAUGUAUGUCGAUGACUCCAUAUUCGGAGCUGACGAUCGCCAUCUCGGGCUCCUCACACGCGAACAAUUAGUUCAACUUCUGCAGAAGGGCGGCUUCCGCUUGCGAAAAUGGGCCAGUAAUUGCCAGCCACUAUUAGAAGGAAUCGAUCCCGCUGAUCACGGCCUUGCCUGUGAAAAACCUUUUAAAGACGAUGACUCCUUAAAAGUCUUGGGAAUAUUUUGGAAUCCCGACUCCGAUACUCUACGGUUUCGAGUCCACGAACAGCAAAAGGCCGGUCGGUCCAAAAGAGCAAUAUUAUCUGCAAUCGCUCGCUUAUAUGAUCCUCUCGGUCUCGUAGCCCCAGUCGUAAUUACCGCCAAAAUCAUAAUGCAAAAAUUGUGGUCGUUGAAAUGCGGAUGGGACGAAGAAGUGCUGUCUGCUCUGCUUCACGAAUGGACGCAUUUCUAUUCCAUUUUAGCAUCGUUGACUAGCGUUGCAAUCCCUCGAUGGACACAACAGUCCUCUGACACACUCCAAUACUCGUUGCACGGUUUCGCAGACGCCUCUAGUCUUGCGUAUGCCGCCGUAGUUUACUGUCGUCUUGUCUCCGUAGAUCGAUCCGUUUCCUUCCAUUACGCUUCUCAUGGCGAAAUCGAGAGUAGCCCCCCUCAAAACCGUUAG